UGGCUGUGCUGGGCGGGGCGGUCAGGGAUGCGGGGCCUCCACUGGGUCCAGGAAUGCCUGUGAGCUGUCCCCUCGGGGCCCCUUCCGUGUCCCCCGCUUUCUGAACACGCAGCUCCCGGCAGUUCUUCCGAAUUGGAAAGCGUCCUCCGGUUCAGCAGGAAGCCGCCGCCUCAUUGAAAUGAGAGGACAGGGCGAAGCCUCCCCCCUCCGCACAGUUCACAGGCCUGCCUUCCCCAUGGAGCCUCUCAGCCCGCGGUUUCCUUCACCCGCACCCGCCACUGAGGGAGCGGCCUUGCUGACCGACAAGGGAACCACAUGAUGAGUGUAGCCACCAGCUGACCCCACAGCUGCCUCUUACCUCUCUUAAUCCCUCCCAAGAAUUUAUUGGGUCUUCCUUCCUUAUGCACUCAGUGGAGCCAAGGAGGAGAAGUUGCAGGAAGAAAAAUGGAGCUUUGAAAGCCUGCAGAGAGUGCCUGCAAGACCUGGAAAAGGCUCGGGGCCUAAUUCAUCUUCUUGGAAGCCACCUGGGGAGGCCCCCUGAACAGUGCGGCUUUCGUCAGCGCUCCUGUCAAGACCCCUCUGGUGAGGUCUGCAAAGCAGCGCCUGCUGGAGCCAACAGGCCCUGUGGGGAGCCUGUGGAAGAUGCUGCUCCCACCAUGUCCCCCUUGGCUUCUCUGGCUCCUGUGACUGAGUGCCCGUUACCUCUGGCCUCCACCUUGUCACCAGGACCAACCACCACCUCGGUCUCCCUUCAUUCCCACUCAUCUUGGAGUGCCUCUCAGCUACCAGAGCCUUUCCUUCCCCUGGAUGACCUUUCACCCCAGCCACUUGCACUUUCUCGUUCCUCCUCACUUCCCCCUGAUUCAGGGGCCCACCCUCCACCUCCCACAGCCUCCUCUGCCUCACCACCACCAGCCUCCACUCUGACUCUUCCCCAGUGUGACUCAGUGGCACUGACACUGGGCCCCAUCCCACAGAGCUCAUGUCCACACACACCUCAGUCGGCUUCUCCCACCCCAGCCGUCUCAGGCCUUGGCCACUCAAGAAGUCCCAUUUCAGCCCUGUCUUGGUGGCAGGCGGCUACCAAAACCUUGUGCCUCUCAGCCUCAUCACAGUACAAGUCCCAGCAAGAGCACCUGUCCCACCACCCACCAGAGGCCUCGUUCCAGGAAGACCCCACAGACAGACAGGCAGAGGCUGAUGAGCAGAAUCUCCUGGAGAUACAUAUCACAAAGAUAAUCAAUGUAAAGAUUUUGAAAAAAAAUGAAAAAGAUGCAUUAUAUCCAAAACAAAUGAAUCCAAACUACCACCUGCACUCUUUGGGGAAUACGUGGAAAUCACUGGGUGCUGAGCAGGACACCACAACCCCUCAACCCCUCUGGAGCAUGAAGGACGAACAAGAACAACUGCAUAGUCCUCUGCAGCUCUAUAGCCAGCUUUUUUGGGGUCUCCCCUCGCUGCACAGCGAAUCCCUGGAGGCAACCGCCAGGACAUCUAAGGGCUCUUCUACACUACAGCCUCCACCUUUCUUAUUCAAUGGCAUCUCGAAUACCUGCCCAGUUCAACUGCAGGCUACAGCCCCUCCACUGCUUUCCCAUUCCCAGCCCAUGUCUCACCUGGAGUUCCCAUCUCCACCCUUGCUUCCAACCAUGCUUCAAUUACAGCCCCCACCUCUGGCUCAGGUCCAGACCCGAUCCUCUCUACCAACCCCACCACCUUCUUCUCCACCUCAGAUUAGAAGCUGUGGAGUAUCAUGCCCGACAGCCCAGAAUGAGCCACAAUUUUUAAUCCCAAUUGAGAUUCAACAUCCAGAAAGGCCCUUGUUGCAGAAGCAAGUAGAAAGUGGGUGGGAUUUAUCCUCUGUAGUCAGAAGAUCUCAGGAAGUCUUCAGUGUCUUCACUUCCAACCUUCCCAAGGACAGCAUCCUUCCUGAGAAUUUUCCAAUCAUUCCUGAGCCCCGGAAGCAACUGGAGUCACAUCUCCAAAACUGGCAUAUGCAACAGUGCUGGGAGCUGUCCCCCAAGAUCCAAGAACCUCCCAAACUAGGGCAACAUCAGAGCGAAUUACCAGGGCCAUGUCAGGCAAAGGACAAGCAUGAGCCCUCACAGCCCUCUUCACUCACAGGUGAAAGCAGCAACGACGCACAGAAUUUGGGGCUCCGGCUAAGCCACGAUACAGGGAAGGUCCCAAAAGAUCCCUCCAGGGGCUCAGAAAGCUCCCUAGUGACGUUUCAGAGGGUAGACUCUGAAGAGUCAGAAAGUGACGUGAUGCUUUUGAGAAGGGACUCCGGAAGUGAUUUACUGAGGAACUUAGACAGAAAUCUAGAAAACACGCUAAAAGGCCACUUGGGCAGCAAGUUGGGACAGAUGAGCAAGAGCCUGAUGAGUGUGCAUGGACCCUGGCUUGCUGUCAGCCACUCUUCUGCCAAGGCUGACACUCACAUGGAAACCAAAAAUCUGGGAAUUUUAAAGGAUUGGGAACCCUGCAUGAACGCCUCUCACAGGGUCUUCUUUCUCGAUACUGACAUUCAAAAGGUGCUAGAAGCACAUAUUACAAAGUUUUGGGUGAAGCACCGGUGGGGCCUGCCCCUCAAGGUCCUCAAGCCCAUGAGUCUCAUUAAGUUGAAAAGGGCUCAAGCCUCACCCAUUCUGCAGUUCCCCUUGCCCCCCUCAUCCACCUGUGUAUCUGGGGCCUACUCGAUAGUCAAGUUUGUUGAGUUCCCGGGAAAACCAUCUCAGGCCUGUCCGGGAGAGAAAGUGAAAACAGAAGACUCAGUUCCCACCCUGGCAAGGUCUCUCCUUGCCCCCUCACGUGUGUGUGAGGAAAUGCAGGGUGCUCUGGGAGGGACCCCACCCGGUGUUGACCAUGGUCCUUCAAAGGCCUCUCUGACUAGACAGGAGGGUAGGCCACCUUCUCAGUCUCUCACACUCACCUGGAAGAGUAAGACUGCGGAGUGGGCUGAGAGGGAUAGUCUAGAUCUCAGUCCAAGUUCAGCCAUGGCCAGGAAUGAGCCAAGAGGGAAGGGUAGGGGUGGAGCCUCACAAGAGCCCUUCAAUGGGGUAGCAAUGACGGUGAUGAACUUAAUAUCCCAAUCUUUGAGGACCAAAGAGGUCAAGGAGACAAUGGAAGCCAAUGUGUCCCCUGCUCUUCAACCAGAGUUGGGAACCAAUGUACAGACAACAUCCCAAAACAUCAAUGCACAUUUGAAGAGUGUAGAAUCUCCAGGGACCAAUAACGACUCCCUAGUCCCUAGAACAUCUUUUCUCCAAGAACCAGGAGAGCCAUGCCUUAACAAAGAGGUCAUUAAUGAACUUAAGUCCGAAGUGCAGGUACCGUCAGAGAACCAACCUCAAGACUGUGCCACACACAUGCCCCUUGCUACAGACAACUUGGCUUCUCAGGUGCACCAUCACCACUCCCAGAGAGUGCCUCCUGGAGUCAGACUAGCGUCCCAUGUGUUAUGUGGCCUUAAGACACCCCAAAGGAGCAGCCAAGGGAAGCAGGAACCCAGGAUAUCAUAUAUGCAGGACUCAUGGAAGAAUCAAAGACAAAUGUUCGUCCCUACCUACAAGAGAGAGGACAUUCCAGGAAAGCAUGCAGAAGGGCCAGAAAAAUUGGGGACCUCUCAAGCCAUUCAAAUGAGCCCCUCUGCCAAGGCUAGUGAAACAGUAGACUCUGUUGAGAGGCAAUACCCCCAUCUGGGGCCUGAGAAGAAACAGGGUCCUCCAGAAAGUUUCUUCAGACAAAGAAUGAGGCUCUUUUUUCAGGGGAUUUUCCCCAAUAAAAAACUCAAAGGUCAGGAUGCUCUGCUAGACUACAAGCUCAAUUCAGUCACUGCCCAGAGCCAAGGACCAGUCAAAGGCAUAUCAAUUAUGGGCAGCAAGAUCCCUGAGGCUCAGACACUCAUAACAACUGUAGGACAGAUUCUAGAGGAGAAAAUUCACCAGGGACUUCGUACCACAGCGUUAAAUGAGCACAAACAGGAACCCCAAACCCCAGUGUGUGGGUAUUUUUGCUACCACAGGCUUCCUGUCUAUCCCGAGAAAGGAAGAGUGAUGAGUCAUACAGCCUGCAGUCACCAGGCCAACUCCAAUCAGAGUUGUUCCACUAGGGAAGGGCAAGUCAGACAGACAGAGUCCUUGAAAAGCAUCAAAUUCAAUGAUGAGCCCUUGAGUCUGAGUCGCCUCACCUUCCUGGCCUCCAAGACGUCUUUGUCUUCAGUCAGAUCCUGCCAGCAUGGGCCAAAGGGGCCAGGUGCCCUAGGCCACCAUCAACACUGCCCGAGGCACUGUCUUUUUCGGGUGGGUGUCUUGUCUGGUUGACCAUAAACAUGUCUCCAUGAAAAAAAUCAGUCACUUUUCUCAGCACAUUCAAAAUAUUUAAUUUUCCUCAAUAUAUGUUUGUUUCCUCCUAA